AUCCUCACCCAAAAAAUGCAUUGCCAGCGACAGCUAGGCUCGAACUGUAUUCUUCUUUUCCUCUUCAGCAGUUCAGAGCUUUUACUAUAUUUAAUGAGCUCAAGCACAACUAUUUGGCAAUUUAUUUACGAGUUGUGAUUGUAUGGUGCAUUGUUCAAUAAUACUGCAGAUCCCUUUUCAGCAGCUAUCCUUUUGACCCGCCUCUCUCUCUCUCUCUCUCUCGCACACACACAGUCGUCACUUGUUUCUUCUCUAACUAGUACUUGUAUAUUUCAGAAGAAACAAGCUCUAUAUAUUUGGGAUCUUCCUCUCUCUCUGUUAUUCGCGCGCUCACACUGUGUUUUGUGAAUCUUGAUUGCGCUUUUGAAUGCUCUGGGCUUUCAAGAUUCUUGAAUUUUCUUCCAUAGCCAUUUCUGAGUUUGGUUUUUCUCUGAAAUUCCACUGAGCCAUUCUCGAGGAAGACAAUAAAAUCUGGGGGUUUUCGGAAAUGGAAGAAUCAUUUGUGCCCUUUCGUGGGAUUAAGAAUGAUAUUCAUAACCGGCUGCAUUGCUACAAGCAAGAUUGGAGUGGUGGAUUCAAGGCUGGUUUCAGAAUAUUGGCUCCUACAACCUACAUAUUCUUUGCUUCUGCUAUUCCAGUUAUUUCAUUUGGUGAACAACUGGAGAGAAGCACAGAGGGAGUUUUAACUGCUGUUCAGACUUUAGCAUCCACUGCUGUUUGUGGAAUCAUACACUCAAUAAUUGGAGGACAGCCAUUGCUGAUUCUGGGAGUUGCUGAGCCUACUGUUAUAAUGUACACAUUCAUGUUCAACUUUGCUAAGCAGAGAUCGGAUUUGGGCCGUGAGUUGUUUCUUGCAUGGACUGGAUGGGUAUGUGUUUGGACUGCGGCUUUGUUGUUCUUGUUGGCUAUUCUGGGAGCUUGCUCCAUCAUCAACAGAUUUACCCGUCUGGCCGGGGAAUUGUUUGGAAUGCUUAUUGCGAUGCUCUUCAUGCAGCAAGCAAUUAAAGGACUCGUGGAUGAGUUUCGCAUACCAAAAAGGGAAGAUACUAGCCUGCCAGCUUUCAUGUCUUCAUGGCGGUUUGCGAAUGGCAUGUUUGCUUUGGUGCUGUCAUUUGGUCUAUUGCUAACUGCAUUGAAAAGCCGAAAAGCUAGAUCAUGGCGUUAUGGGUCUGGUUCGCUUAGGAGCCUUAUAGCUGAUUAUGGUGUGCCAUUGAUGGUGUUGGUGUGGACAGCAGUUUCAUACAUUCCUUCUAAGAAUGUUCCAGAAGGGAUUCCAAGGCGUCUCUUCAGCCCAAAUCCAUGGUCCCCGGGUGCCUACGAGAAUUGGACAGUGAUAAAGGAUAUGCUAAAUGUGCCGAUUCUUUACAUCCUCGGAGCUUUUAUUCCUGCAACGAUGAUCGCAGUCCUUUACUAUUUUGACCAUAGCGUUGCAUCUCAGUUGGCUCAGCAAAGUGAAUUCAAUCUGAGAAAGCCACCUUCCUUCCAUUAUGAUUUGCUGCUUCUUGGUUUUUUGACAUUAAUGUGUGGUCUAUUAGGCAUCCCUCCAUCAAACGGCGUAAUUCCACAGUCGCCCAUGCAUACAAAAAGCCUAGCUACUCUGAAACACCAGCUACUCAGGAAUCGACUCGUUGCCACAGCACGUGAAAGUAUUCAAAAGAAUUCAAAUCUGGCGCAACUAUAUGGAAACAUGCAAGAAGCUUAUCAGCAAAUGCAGACCCCUCUUAUCUACCAGGAGCCAUCAAAUAGAGGUUUAAAGGAGCUGAAAGAGUCCACAGUUCAGUUGGCCUCUAGCAUGGGAAGCUUUGAUGCUCCUGUGGAUGAGACAGUCUUCGACGUUGAAAAGGAGAUUGAUGAUUUGCUCCCCAUUGAGGUCAAAGAACAACGCCUCAGCAACUUGCUGCAGUCCACUAUGGUUGGAGGGUGCGUUGCUGCAAUGCCCGCGUUGAGAAUGAUUCCCACCUCCGUGCUGUGGGGAUAUUUUGCUUUCAUGGCCAUUGAGAGCUUACCCGGCAACCAGUUUUGGGAGAGGAUACUACUUCUCUUCACUGCACAGGGCAGACGAUACAAGGUUUUGGAGAAGUACCACGCCACUUUUGUCGAAACUGUGCCUUUCAAGACCAUCGCAAUGUUCACCCUAUUCCAAACGACCUACUUGCUUCUCUGCUUCGGUAUCACAUGGGUUCCGAUUGCAGGAGUCCUUUUCCCUCUCCUUAUCAUGCUCCUAGUCCCGGUGAGACAGUACGUGCUGCCAAAGUUCUUCAAAGGCGCUCAUCUUCAAGAUUUAGAUGCUGCAGACUAUGAAGAGGCACCGGCCGUGCCAUUCAACAUUCCACCGGAGGGAGAACUUGGGUCGAGACUCUCCUUUGCAGAUGGAGGAGAGAUCUUAGAUGGAAUGAUUACAAGAAGUCGUGGCGAGAUCAAGCAUACCUGCAGCCCAAGGGUCAGAAGCUCGUCAUCAACCCCUGCAAAGGACUUGAAACUGCAGAGCCCCCAUCUCUCAGAGAAGGCAUACAGCCCACGUGUGAGUGAGCUGAGAGGCGUGAGAACACCUCAGCUCCACCACGGAAGAGGACCUUACAGCCCCAAGACUGGAGAAGUUGGGGCAUCUCAUCUGGGGGUGAGUCCGCAUAGCUCAACUUCAAACCAGUGAGAAAAACGCGAGACGCCUUUUGUCUGUACGUACGUGGGGGGAGUAUGAUAUAGUCGCGUCCAUAAGUCUUUUUAGAGCUUUGAUUUGGUUAUGUUGUUGUAAAAUCUUGUCUGUGUUUUCCUCUUGAGGGGAGCCUCUUGUAUAAUUAACCUUACAUCGAUUCCUUAAAUGGUGAAAAUAGUAAGUCUUGUUGAAUA